AUGUCAUCUCUGGACUACGUGAAGAAGGACUGUUUAUCAUCGGCCUCUCUGAAAAGCACUUUAACAAAAAUCCACAGGCGAAGACAAAAGGAGAUCUCAGGAGACAAGACCCUGGAGACAGAGACUGACUUCAUCCUGUGCAGGCCCUCGUCGCUCAGCUGUGUCAGUCGCAGUCGUACCGUUCUCAGGAUUCUCAUCGCUUGUAUCAUCUCUUUCUUGGCUUUGCUGUGCGCUGUGAGCAUGGACUUCCAGUCCUCUUUAACUCGAUGGCAGUCCACUAAAGCCGCGCUGACAGAGCUGACGUCCUGCAGGACCAACGUCACCCUCGCGCUCGUGCUGGAGCUCCAAACCUUACGAAACCUCAGUGUGUCAUCAGAGAAUGGUCAGGGCGAGUUCCUCAGCUCCUGGUCCAUCACCAUGCUCACGCUCAGCCGAUGUUGUACGGAGACGGACGUGGACGCUUUGGGUCAGCCCUGUGAUCUUGACUUGCCUGAGUUUUGUGAGCGUCUUCAGUCUGAUCUUUCGGAGCUUCUCAACGCCACACAGAGAGACGGGCUCACGGUUUUUACCCUGGCUAUUGAGAAGAUAUUACUUCUGUGGGGCGUGAAAGAAAUAGACAUCGGUUUCCUGAAACUCAACCCCGACUGGACAGACGUUCUUGCUCUGAAACGGCUCGUGACACUUCAGGAGCUGAACUCACGCUUGAUGACGGGCGAAAGAGAGAUUCAGGAUGAAAUGUGGCAAGCGACGACACUCGUGGCGGUCGUUAAAGAGAUGUCUGAAAAUCUUCAGCACUGCUGGACGGAAAACAUGGACACCGAGUUAAACUUGACCAAUAGCAAAGAUUUUGGCCUCUCCGAUGGCUCUGUAGAGUUCACGCUGGCCCUGGAGAACACGCUGAGGUGUUUUCACGACUGCGCCGGAUGGGCUCUGAAACUCAAAUCCAGAGACGUCUCGUCGACCAUCAGUCUGCAGAUCUGCCUGCUCGCCAUCGCCUGUCUGAUUUACCCCGUAGUACUUCUGUCCUUCAAACAAAUGACCGACUGGAUCCAGGACUACGCUCGGAGUCUCAGGGAGAAGACGGAAGACCUGAAGAGAGAACGACGUCUGGCAGAAGAUCUCCUUCAUCAGAUGUUGCCCAAAUCUGUGGCCAAGCAGCUGCGUCAGAACAAACACGUGGAGGCCGAGAGUUAUGAGAAGGUGACUAUUUUCUUCUCUGAUGUCGUGGGCUUUACGGCUAUAUCAGCCUCCUGCACUCCGCUACAAGUUGUUGAGAUGCUCAAUAACCUCUACAUGUGUUUCGACACACGUAUCGACUCCUACGAUGUCUACAAGGUGGAGACGAUAGGAGACGCGUACAUGGUGGUGAGUGGACUGCCGGAGAGAAACGGAGACAAACACGCGGACGAGAUCGCUAAAAUGUCUCUGGAUCUGGUGGCUGCUGUCAGACAGGUGUCAAUACCGCACAUGGCCACUCAACGCCUUCAGCUCCGCGCCGGCAUACACACAGGUCCUUGUGUUGCUGGUAUUGUUGGUUAUAAGAUGCCCCGGUACUGUCUGUUUGGAGAUACAGUGAACACCGCCUCUCGGAUGGAAUCCACCAGCCUGCCCCAGAAGAUUCAUGCAAGCUCUGCGUCAUAUCUGGCGCUCAUGAAGGACAACGCUUAUGAGUUACAGCUCCGCGGUGAGAUUGAAGUGAAGGGGAAAGGUAAAAUGAACACAUACUGGUUGAUCGGUCACAAAAACUACAGUGUCCAGAAUGACAGUCUGGUGUGUCACUGGAACCCAAAUAUCUCCAGAAAGAAAAAGCCUCCUGCGGGGAGCAACGCCAGCGUGGCAGGUGACAGCCUGACAGCCGUCUCUCGGCCCGAUGUUCUGCAUCACCUGCAGGGGUCAGAGGUCACGCUGCGAGUUUCUGCACAGGUGGAGAAGUGCGCCGGCAGGUUUGGGACGCUGGGCUCAAUGGUGGGAGCGCUGCAGGAGACAGAGGAAAGCCCAGCCAAUCAACACAAUGACAAAAGCUCGCUGCUUCCUGGUUCAGUGACUCACUGCACCGCUGAUCAAUGACAGGACAGGA